CCAAGAAAAGGGUUUCUUUCUCCGGCAAGUUUUGUUUCCCGAUUAUGUUUAUGAGAUUAGAGAGAAGAAGGACAAUAGGAAAAUCUUCAUUUGAAAGUCGGAGGAGAUAAAACGCAGAGGAGAAUUCAAGAAGGCCUUGCGUCGCUGCUUCUCCAGGGAGCCCAGUCUUUGGAUGGAGGCGGCCGCUGCUUUGCGCUUCUCCGUGCCCCGCUCCCUUCUGUCCUUCAUGUUGGUCAGCUGCUUGGGCCUGCUCUCAGCCCCGUUUACUGUCAUGGGGCCAGCUGACCCUGUCCUGGCCAUGGUGGGAGAAGACACCAUGUUCCGCUGCCACCUGUCCCCCAAGAAGGACGCAGAGCACAUGGAGGUGCGCUGGUUCCGUGCUCAGUUCUCCCCAGCAGUGCUUGUGUAUAAGGAUGGACAGGAGAGGACCGAGGAGCAGAUGGAGGAGUACCGGGGAAGAACCACCUUGGUGAGUGACCACAUCAACACAGGGAGUGUGGUGCUUGUCAUACACAACAUCACAGCCCACGACAAUGGCAUCUACCACUGUUACUUCCAAGAAGGCAGAUCCUACGAUGAGGCCAUCCUGCGCCUGAUGGUGGCAGGCCUGGGCUCUAAGCCGCUCAUUGAAAUGAAGGGCCAGGAGGAUGGCGGCGUGCGGCUGGAGUGCACGUCCGGAGGAUGGUACCCGGAGCCCUAUGUGGUAUGGAGGGACCCUCACGGUGCGAUCAUGCCGGUGCUGGAGGAGGCUUACACAGUGGACACAGAAGGCCUCUUCAUGGUCACCACGGCCGUGGUCAUCAGGGACUGCUCGGUGAGGAACGCGUCCUGCUCUGUGGUCAGCACCCUGCUUGGCCAGGAGAAGGAAACCAUCAUUUUCAUCCCAGAAUCCUUUGCUCCCAGCAUGUUUCCCUGGACGGCGGGCCUCGCUGUCCUCCUGCCUUCUCUGCUUCUCUUCAUCACCGGGAGCGUCUGUCUCAUCAGGAAACUCCACAGAGGAAAAGAGGUUGAAAAAGAAGAGAAAGAAAUUGCAUGUAAGGAACUGGAGACAGACCAGAUGGAAAAAGAGAAAGAACGUCAAAUAAGAGAGCAACUUGAAGAAGAACUACGAUGGAGAAGAACCUUGCUACAUGCCGCCGAUGUGGUCCUGGAUCCGGACACCGCUCAUCCUGAGCUCUUCCUCACAGAGGACGGGAGAAGCGUGAGACGAGGCCCCUCCAGGCAGAGUGUCCCCAACAACCCGGAGAGAUUCGACUGCCGGCCUUGCGUGCUGGGCCUGGAGAGCUUCUCCUCAGGAAGGCAUUACUGGGAGGUGGAGGUUGAAAACGUGAUGGUGUGGGCUGUGGGGGUUUGCAGAGACAGUGUUGAGAGGAAAGGGGAGGCCCUACUGGUCCCCCAGAAUGGCUUCUGGACCCUGGAGAUGUUUGGAAACCAGUACCGGGCCCUUUCUUCCCCUGAGAAGAUUCUCCCCCUGAGAGAGCGUCUUCGCCGGGUGGGCAUCUUUCUGGACUAUGAAGCCGGAGAUAUCUCCUUCUAUAACAUGAGGGACAGAUCACACAUCUACACAUGUCCCCGUUCACCCUUUUCUGGGCCCCUAAGGCCCUUCUUCAGGCUGGGGUCUGAUGACAGCCCCCUCUUCAUCUGCCCAGCCUUCAUGGGGGCACGGGGGGUCCUGGUGCCAGAGGGCGGCUUGAUUCUCCACAGGAUGGGGACCCAUCGUCGCAGCCACCAUGAAGAGUUUCCUGGCCUCAGAGCCAAGUAGAGAAGCCUUGGGCUGUCUCUGCUUCCAGAGCACAGCACCCUGGAAGGAGAUGGGCCUGGACCCAUGGAAGAACUGAGGGGAGGGAAGCCACAGCUGGAGGUCAGGGACUGGGGAAGCAGCCGGGGAGGUGAGAGCCACCGAAGGGUACGAGUGCUGCGAGCCUCACCCUCACAGCCGAGGGGCUCAGGAGCUGAUGGUCCAUUUCCAGCCCUCCCCUGAGCUUUCCAGACUACACAGCAAAGCUUUCCCAACCUAGAACUGAGCUGAAGGAUGAAGACACAUCUUGGCCUGGCUCAGGUGUCCCGUCGGUAAACUGGGAGUCAGUACUCUGUUCUGAGUAUGGCCUGAGGUUUAAGGUCCCUACUGAGCAGGUGAGUACUGAACCAGGUAGAUCCCCAGGUUCAGGUUCAAGGGGAAAAGCAGCACUUUACAAAUUUUUGACCUCAGGCUUCCUUUAGACAUUAAAAAUUAUUGAGGGGGGCGCCCUGGUAGCUGAGUCAGUUGAGUGUCCUACUCUUGGUUUUGGCUCAGGUCUUGAUCUCAGGGUUGUGAAAUUGAGCCUUUCAUCCAGCUCCGUGUCAGAACAGAAUCUGCCUGAGAUUCCCUCUCCUUCUCCCUCUGCCCCU